AUCCUUUUUUUUGCCAAAGUGAUGGACAGAGCCAUGGAUCAGAAGCUUCUUCUCAUCCUCAUGAUCUGUAGAAUACACUGUGUUACAGGUUUGUACGCCUCCAUGGAGUCAUCUAAAAACUACUACUUUGUGAAUGAAUCCAAAACAUUUGCUGAGGCUCAGCGAUACUGCCGAGAGAAUUACAUUGAUCUGGUGACUCUGGAGGACUGGACAGACAUGGAGGAGCUUCUGGCUCUUGAAAACGUAAUGAGCACUGAAUCCGCCUGGAUCGGACUGAGGAAAGCGGAGCACAAGCAGUGGCGCUGGGCUGAUCCAGAGCUUUACAAGGACGGAGAAACUGAAUACAGAACCUGGGGACUAAAAGAACCAACUAACCUCGGUGAUGAAUACUGUUCAGUAAUGGAUUUCAACGGAAAGUUUCAAGACACAAAGUGUGAGAUGGACAGGAGCUUCAUAUGCUACGAGCCAGACCUCUAUGGUCAGAAAUACAGCAAAUACAUGUUGGUUAAUAAGCCGAAGUCCUGGAGAGACGCUCAGAGUUACUGCAGACAGUAUCACACAGAGCUGGUCAGCGUGAGGAACGAGGACGAGAACCGUCAGAUCUAGCAGCUGAUUCCUGCAGAAAGUGUCACAUACAUCGGCCUUUUCAAAGACGCUUUCAUCAUGUCCGAUAACAGCAUGUCUUCAUUCAGAAACUGGCAAUCCGGUCAACCGGAUGGAUCGGGAGAUUGUGUGGUGCAUUUACGACACAGCAGACUGUGGGAUGAUCAGAAGUGCAGUGACGCGAGUCCUUUCUUCUGCUACGACAGAACAGUGGUUAGACAGAUAUUGAGACUGAAGGUGGAAUCGGAUCAGAAUGUGAAUGAUCCCGAUGUAAAGGCUGCAAUCCUCGAGGAGAUUAAGCAGAAACUGAUAUCUCAGGGAAUUUCAGUGCAUGCAAAUCUGCAAUGGAAGCAGCAAGCAAAUGGAGACGUCUUCCAAAGAGAAGAGAAGAUGAGAGAGGAGUUAUAAGAUCUCUAACAUGAGAUCACAGAUCAUCACUUUCUCACCCAUCAUUAUAGGGCAGGUUUAUUUGAAAUAGACGAUAAUGGAUUGAAUCAAUGUGGAAAAAACUAAAAAUGUCUCGACUUUUAAUCACUAUAUUUAAAGUCCACUGUAAAAAAUGACUGUAACUUUAAUGUUAAAACACUGUAAAAUGCUACAGUAAAAAUCUGUUAAUUGUCCCUUACUGAACAAAAACUGUAAGAAAUCUAUGUUUAAGCUUUGUAAAGUCUAAAUCUAAGCAUCCCCUCCAUCUCUCCGUGGCUCUGAGCCAAAACCUAUUGAUCUGCCUGUUUAUUUAAAGGGCAUCAUGGUGCUCCUGAUGGAAAAGCUGUUCUCAAAACUGGGUGGCAAAGAUGAAGUUUAGAUGUAGAUUUGGGGUGAGAUUUAGGACAUGGAAUUGGGCUACUUUUAAACUGUUGCCAUGGAUUGAUUUUCCCCCGUGGGUUAAAG